AUGGAUCCGAAUGAUUUGAAAUGGCAUAAUCUUUCCAACUCAACCAGAAAGCAGUUGGAGAUGAAUGAAGAAGAAUUCGACGAGAACGUCGUAGCAUCGUCAUUGGCGAUGGAAAUCAUACGUCGUUUAAGUAGUAGUGAGGAUACUGGAGCACAACAAGAACCUUCAAAAAAUCAGCAAUCUCCUAUCGGGAGUCAACAGAAUUCAGACAACAAUGAGCUGCCAUCAACAAAAGGUUUGAAAAUAUCAGCGGAUACUCAGAUAUCGACAAUUGAAAAUCCGCAAUGCAGCGUUAUACAGCAGCAAAAAGCUGCACUCACUCAAAAGAAAUCGCCAAUGAAUCAAAGUUCUUCAGAAGAGGUAAUUUCAAACUUUACCUAUGUUCUCUAUAUUAAAGUUUCAAAAUGGGAUUGA